AUGGCUGUGUUUAGUAAUCUACCAGCAUCUGCGGAGAAUUCAUCCAUUCGUCCUUUCACCUGCUCGGUCGGCGAGCAGGAACUGGAUGACUCCAAGUCUUUAAUUCGAUUAUCCAAAGUGGCGGUUCCAACAUUUGAAAACACGCACACAGGCGAAGAACAUCGAUAUCAAUAUGGAAUCGACAGGGAGUUCAUUCUGAAAGCAAAGGACAUAUGGAUGCGUGAAUAUGACUGGCGCGCCACCGAAGCACGAAUCAACAGCUACCCAAAUUUCAUGGCAGAAGUCAUCGAUGAUGAUAGGACUGUCUUCCAGGUCCAUUUUCUGGCAUUAUUUUCCACCAACAAGAACGCGAUACCUCUCCUGAUGCUUCACGGAUGGCCAGGUAUCGUUCCUUACACACUCAAUCGAUUUAUCGGGAAUGUCAUGGAAUUUUUUGCGACUCUGGAUCUCUUGAAAGAGAAGUUCACGCCGGAAAGCUUGCCAUAUCAUAUUGUCGUACCUUCUCUGCCCGGCUACGCGUUCUCCUCUCUACCCGAAGACAAGGAUUUUAAGGUGGCAGAUUCGGCUCGGAUCAUCCACAAACUAAUGCUUCUUCUUGGACUGAGGGGCUACGUGGCUCAAGGAGGAGAUAUCGGCUCUGGGGUCGCGAGGUACUGUCUGAGUCUAUACGACGAAUGCAAAGCGGCGCAUGUCAACUUAUUGAUGGGCACUCCGCCACCCCAGAGCGAAGGUUUGGAGGUGACGGAAGAAGAGCAAAAAGGUCUCGCGCGCAUCGAGGAAUUCAUGACCUUGGGCUCUGGGUACGCCAUCAGCCAUGCAACUGUGCCCUCGACCACGGGGCUCACACUCGCCGCAUCGCCUCUCGGCCUGUUGGCCUGGGUGGGCGAGAAGCUGGUGCGGUGGGCUGACGAGAAGCCACCGAUCAAAACAAUUCUGGACUUCGUGUCCCUCUAUUUCCUCACUGGCACCAUUGAGCGCUCAAUCCACGUCUACCGUGAAGUAUUCAUUCCGGGAAAGUCGAUUCCUGGAUUUCCUCCUAGUCCAGCCGGCAAGACUUUUGGAUUCAGCGAUUUUGCCAAAGAAUCAACACCGCCGCCAAAGUCGUGGGCCGAGUAUUGGGCAGGCGGGAAAGAUCGACUACAGUUCUACCGCUAUCAUGAAAGCGGUGGCCACUUUGCCGCGCUUGAGAAGCCUGUGGUCUUCCUCAAAGACGUAAUGGACUUUGUUGCUAUGGUCCAGGAAAGAGACAGACAAAAUGUCACGGUCUAG